AUGUCGUUCUUUGCCCGUCUCGGCGGUUCGGACAGCAGCGACUCGGAGUCGGACGACGAGUCCAUCCUCUCGCAAUCCGGCUCGGAGGAUGAGAAGCCAAAGAAGAAGACUAUGGCGUCCAAGUUCCUUGCCGGAAGCGACAGCGACAGCGAUGAUGACAGCUCGGACGAGGAGGAGAUGAUGAGCGACUCGGACGACGACGACGACGAGGCUCCCAAGAACAAGCGCGCCAACAUGUUCCUGAACAGCGACUCGGACUCGGACGACGACGACGACGAUGACGAGAAGAUCCGCGUCAUGUCUGCCAAGGACAAGCGCUUUGCUGAGAUGGAGGCCGCGAUCAACAGCCUUCAGAACGCGACCAAGGCCGGCGGCGCAGCGUGCGACUGGGUUGCCGCCAACAGCGAGCUCGACAAGCUUAUCCGCUUCAUCACGCGCCACGCUACUUCCAUGAAUAACUCUUCCACGCCUGCGGAGGGCCACAUCCCGCCCUCGUUCCUUGCAGCCGUUACCGAGCUCGACGACACGGUCAAUGACACUAUCAAGUCGGAGAAGUCGGCCAAGAAGAAGAUGCCCGCCAACAAGGGCAAGGCUAUCAACUCGAUCCGCCAGACGCUCAAGAGGCAGCUCAAGACGCACGAGACCCAGCUCGGCCGGUACAAGGCGGACCCCGAGGCGUACUCUGAGGCGUACGCCAAUGCUAUUAUCCCUCCCAAGGCCGAGAAGAGGGCGGUCCGCACCGAGGCGCAGGAGGGUGAGGACGACGAGGCCGGGUUCGCUACGGUUGGCCGCGGUGGCCGCUCGCUUAACCUGACUGCGGACGGCGUGUUCAAGACCCUCAAGGAGAUCUUUGAGCAGCGUGGCCGCAAGAACACGGACCGUGCCGAGACCAUCCGCAUCCUCUCCAAGCUGCUCGAGGUUUCAGAGACGACCUACCAGCGCAUCCGUGUGCUUCUUGCCCUGAUCCCUGCCCGCCUCGACUACUCGACCAACCUCCCCUCCAUUCCCCACGACUCGUGGGUCUCGUGUCUCCACGAGUACGACCAGCUCGUCACUAUCCUUCUUGAGAACAAGGACUAUGUUGUCAAGGGCGACGUCGAGGAGUACGAUGACAUGGAGGAGCGCACGCCUGAGACUGAGAAGGGCCGUGUUGCCAUCCGUGGCAACAUUGUCAGCUUGCUGGAGAACCUUGACAACGAGUUCACCAAGACUCUGCAGCACACCGACGCUCUCGAGCACGGCACCGAGUACAUCGCCCGUCUCCGUGAGGAGGCGCCUCUGUACGUUGCGAUUGUCAAGUCGCAAGUCCUGUUCGAGCGCGAGACCUGGGCGGACCAGAUUGCCCGUGCGGUCAUGCGCCGCCUCGAGCACAUUUACGGGAAGCCCGACCUUAUCAUCGACCACUUCGAGGCUGCUGUCAACAAGGCUACUGCUGCUAGCAAGCUCCAGUCGGCCAUCACUCCCUUUGGUGUCCAGCGUUCGGCCAGCGAGCUCGUACAGGCGCUGUGCGUGUUCAUCUACCAGUCGGACCAGCCACUGCUCCGUGCCCGUGCCAUCCUUGCCCAUAUCUUCAACCACGCCAUGCACGUGCGGUACCACGAGGCACGCGACCUGCUGCUCAUGUCGCACUUGCACGACACUAUCCAGCACGCCGACGUGGCGACCCAGAUCAUGUACAACCGUGCGCUCAUGCAGCUCGGCCUCGCCGCGUUCCGCAACGGUUAUAUCCACGACUGCCAGACCAUCCUUGCCGACAUGUUCCAGAGCACCCGUACCAAGGAGCUCUUGGCGCAGGCCAUCCAGCGCUACUCGAACACGCUCACGCCCGAGCAGGAGCUCAUUGAGAAGCGCCGCCUCCUCCCCUUCCACAUGCACCUCAACAUUGAACUGCUUGAGGCUGCCUACCUCACCUCGUGCAUGCUCGUUGAGAUCCCCCUUCUUGCCGCCGCCGACACUGAGGACCAGAAGCGCCGCAUUGCAUCCAAAACGUUCAAGCGCUACCUCGACAACGCCGAGAAGGUUGCCUUCAUGGGUCCCCCCGACAUUACUCGGGAUUAUAUCAUCAAGGCAUCCAAGUCCCUCGAGGCUGGCGAGUGGGAGCGUGCUCGUGACCUGAUUCUGAGCGCAAAGAUCUGGACUCUUCUGGACGACGUGGAGGAGGUCAAGACAAUGCUCGCCCGCAAGAUCCAGGAGGAGGGUCUCCGCACCUACCUCUUCACCUAUGCGCCCUACUACGCCUCCCUCUCCCUUGUCCACCUCGCCGACAUGUUCUCGCUUUCCCAGCAGACUGUCACCUCUAUCAUCUCGCGCAUGAUCUACACGGACGAGAUUGCCGCUUCGCUCGACCAGAUCGACCAGGUGGUUGUAUUCCACCGCGUCGAGCAGACUGAGGUGCAGCGCCUGGCACAGCAGCUGGCUGAGCGCUGCGUCGGCCUCGUCGAGCAGAACGAGAAGGCUCUCGACGUCAAGCUCGGCUCGGCGCCUGGUGCUGAGCGCUCUGGCCCGCGCGACGGUGCUACUGACGGCCGUCCUCGCCAAGAGCGGAGGGGCGGGGGUGCUCGCGGCGGUGGCCGUGGGCGUGGGUUUGCAGGUCGUGGGCGAGGCUUCAACUCGGGCCUUGGCUCCCAACGGCGUGUCGCGGCCUAG